UGAGGGGUCAAGGGUGAGCCUUGCGAGCGGGAGGGGUCCGGGGAGGAGGGGAGGCUGUCUGGGCUGCCAGACAGGCCCGGGUCAGCGCCGGGGGCAGGGGAUGUCUGGCGGGAGAGAGGCCCGGCGGCCGCGCUCCCUUAGGGACCUGGGAUUCCAGCCCCAGAUCUCUUCUCUCAGACCUGGGAAUCUACCACCCAGUCUCUUCCCGACUUCUGGCAUCCGCCGUCUCCCCAGGACCCCGGCAUGGGGGCCCCCGGCCUCUUCACAGGCACCCUGGAGUCCACACUGCAGCCCUACCCCCUCCGGGUCGUGUUCUCCACAGCCUUGGACCCCAGCGCCCUCCUGGAGCACCCAGGAGUCCGGGGUUCCCUUGUAUCUUUGCACCUCACCUCCUGGACUAGGGGCUGCUCCCCCGGAACCCUGGAGUCCCCGCCUCCCUUUUCACCCCAGCUGGAGUCCAGCCCUCCAGGGGUUAAGGGGGCGGGGCCAGCGGGUUGCUAUGGUGCCAGACUGUUUGGGUCUGCUCUCUGACCCUUGGGGGCUCCCUAGGGUCCACCAAGAAGGGGAGGGGGACCCAGACCUGGGGGAAGUUCAGCCCCUACCCCUUCCCCAAAGCAGGCCUAGAGGAAGGGUUCCGCCAACGCCUUGUCCAGUGACCUUGAACGAGUCCGUACCCGGCUCUCCGGGCCUCAAUUUCCCCCACGAGAAACUGACGGGGUGAGGGAGCGGGAUGCUCGGGUCCCGGGAAUCUUGAAGAUUCUCCCUCCCCGCUCUGCUCCCCCCGCCCCAGGCCCCAGGCAGCCCCGGGGCAUGCUGGGAGCCCGAGCCUGGGCUCCGGGCCAGGUUGGGGGGGGCUCCUCCCUUCCCCUUCCUCCCCACCUUGGCCUGACUCUAGCCCCCGCCGGAGGGUCUGGGAGGCUGCCGCAAGGAAGGGGCCGGUGCGGACCUCGGGGGCCCCCUCCCCCUCCCCCUCCCCGCCCCCUUCCCGCUUCUCCUCCUCUCCCCUCCCUGGCAGGUCGCUACCCCAGCCCGGGGCCCCUGCUCCACCGCCCCCACCCCACCCCCAACUCCAGACCUGGCUCGGAGCGGCGAGGGGGAGGGAGAGAGGGAAGGAGAAAGAGGGAGAGGAGGUGGGGGAGGGGAGGGAGGGAGGGAGGGAAGGAGACCGGCAGAGAAAGGGAGAGAGACAGAAACGGGAGAGAAGGAGGCUGGGAGAUGGGCGGAGGGAGCGGGAGGCCAGACAGAGAAGAAGGGGGAGGAAGAGGGAGCCAGGAGAGCAGAGGAGAGGAGAGGAGGGCGAAACUGAGGGAGAGAGGGACCGCGAGGGUCAGGGGGAAGGAGAGAGACAAAGCGGGGGUGGGAGGCUGCGGAGGGAGGAUGAGAGGCAGAAGCAGGUAGAGGAGGAGGAGGAGGAGAGGGAGAGGCCGGCUGGGCGGGAGACAGGGGAGGAGGUGGGGAGCCAGACAGGGACGGAUGGACAGACAGACGACAGAGGGGCAGGGAGGGACACAGGCAGUGGCCAUGGGGAGGGAGGGGCACAGUCAGGUAACACACAGACGGAGGAAGAGGAGGGGGUGAGAGAGCGCCGUGGAGAGAAAGAAACAGGAAGGUAGACAUGGAUCCAGGCGGAGGGGGAGCCGAGCCGGCCACCUGCGGCAGGCCCACCCUGGCCGGCAGGCCCACCCUGGCCAGCGGCGCUGCUCUCCUCUCAGGGGCUCAGCCUGCUCACAUGAAGAUGGGGGUGCUGCUGCACCCCGUUGGAUGGGCUUGGUGGGAGGUGCCAAAGAAGCUGGGGAUUCAGGGCCCAGUGGUGACAGCUCUCUGUGACCAAAGCUGUUGCCAUUCUAAGUGUCCAGAGGCCAGAAGAAGCCAAGGAGAAGAGGGAAGAAGUGAGGGGGAGGCUAGAAGGUUCUGCACCCCCGGGUCCUCCUCUGCUCUGGCUGGGAGUCUCCACAGCCUGACAGGGAAAGAGGGGAGGUGGGCAGGUGGGGUUCCCUCCCUCUGACACUCAGGAAGCCAGGACUUCCCUCUGGGAGGGAAAUACCUGGCUGGACCCCAGGCUGAAGCAGAAGGCCCGGCCUGUAAUCAUGGUUUCCUUGGGCAGGAGAGGACUGCAUCCAGGACUCCUCUGAGUUCUUUGGGAAGGACAGGGCUUGUGGCAAAGACCCCUAGGAAUUCUGGAGGGACGGGCAUGUAGCUUGGUCUCCUGAGGUUCUGGGGGUACAAUAGGGAACCUGGGGUUUGGAUCCCUGAGUCUGGGAGAGGAGGGCUGGGGCCUGCACGAUUGGAUUUCAUGGAAGGAGAGGCUGGAGCCCUGGGCCAGUGGGUUCCUUGGGAAGGACAGGACUGCUCCUGGACUGUGGCAUUCCCUGGGGAGAAAGGGGCCUAGGGCCUGGAUUCCUAGGUUCCUUGGGAGGAGGGGGCCGGGGGCCUGGACUCCUGGGUCCUGGCACCCACCCGUAGAACCGACCUUGCGGGGCCUUCGCCACACACAAGCUCGUGUCUGUGGGUCCGUGUCGGGGGCUCAUCAUCGCGGCUGGGACCUCCCCGGCCCCCCCCCUCGUCUGUCCAUCUGUCCGAUCUGUCCACCUUGCCGCGCCCCCCGGGCUGAGGUAGGAGGUUGUAUAGUUGAGAAGGACACCCAAGGAGAUCACUAUACGGCCUCCUAGCUUUCCCCAGGCUGCGCCCUGCACGGGACAGGGCGGCGGGGAUCCUGGCCGGGGCUGGCCUAGCUCCUCUACCCUGGUCCAGCUUCUUGUGUCCCUUGCACGCCCUGCCUCUCCAGUCCCCGUGGCUUUUGCAUCUGUCUUGGACCACAUUGCCCCUGGCUGCUGUCUUGGAACUUCCCCGUGGCUCUCCGUGUCUAUUCUCUGUGUCUAUUCCUGACUUCUUGUAGCUUUCUGGCACCUGAGAAUGUCCUGUGUCUGCCUCUGUCUCUGUUCCUACCCCCAACCAGGGCCUGUCAGAGCCUCUGCAUUGCCGCCGGUCUCUGGGUCCCUGAGACCCUUUAACCUGUGAGGACAUCCAGGGUCACAGGCCUUGAGACCCUCUGAUGGCCCUGCUACGCCUGGCGAGUGCUGUCCCAUCUGGUCUGCGGGCCCUGCUGGUGCUCAGGGCGUCCGCGUGGGCCUGUCUCCUGUGCUUCACGACUUACACCGAGCGUGUCAGCAUCUGCAGGAUGUUUGCUGGGCUGCAGGGCCCCCGGAUUGACCAGUGCAAGGAAGCCCUCACUGCCGCCUUUCAGGGACUUUCGGACAUGGAGAUCAAUUAUGAGGAGAGAAGCCACCUGCAUGACAACUUCACCCAGAUGACCCUGUCCCUGCAGGAGGAGGCUGCUGCCGGGGGGUCCUUUGAGGUUGCCUUUCCUGCUGCUGCGGAAAAAAUGAAGAGGGCCAUUCUGGAGCUUAAAAAAGUACAACCCUGCGUCCCUCCCUGCGGGAUCCAGGAGGUCGCCCGGCGCUUCCGCUGCCAGGGCUGCUACUCCACCUUGUGCGACCUCCCGCUGGACUGUCCAGUGCAGGAUAUGACGCUCCGGACUCGGGACGCGUCCUACUUCCGCGACAUGCCGCGGGCCCGCGGGUCCCUGGCGCGCAUCCGGCCGGUGCAGCCCACGCACCGCGGGACCUUCUGCUGCGUGAUCCAGCAUGACCAGCGCCCCCUGGCGCGCCUCUACUUCUUCCUGAAUGUGACUGGCCCGCCCCCGCGCGGGGAAACUGAGCUGCAGGUGGUUUUCCGGAAAGUGCUGCGCUGGGCGCCGCGGGACGUGGAAAUGAUCGAGCCCUGGAGGCCCAGCCUGGACGAGCUGCUGGCCCGGCCAGAGGCCCUUACGCUGGGCAACCUGGUCCUGCUGACCGCUGUGAUUGCCCUCGUGUCUGCCACAGCGACGGUGCUGUUGUGGAUGUUCUGUCGAUGGUACUUGAGUGGCGACUAACAAAGGUACCUCAACAUUAUCCUGCUUUCACUCCUGAAAUAAAGAGUAUAUUUCAGCCCCGGGUUCUUUGACUUCUGGAGGUGACUCGGGGUCUGAGAAGGCGACCAGCAGUGUGUCAGACAGGCUCAGGCCACUGCAGGGCUCAGGUAACAGGCAGGGCCAGACCUCAGGCCUCCAGGCUCCAGUCUCUCCCCUCCUGCAUCUCUGGCAGCCCCCCACUAUGUCCUUAUGUAGGAGACACCCUCAGACCCAGAUGUCGCCCUCAAGCCAGGCGUCCUUCCACAGCCAUGCACCCACAGCUCAGACAGUAUUGAGUCAUGUAUGACUUCCUCUCAGCUUUGAUCCACUGCCAGGUGACCUUCCUAACUCUCGGCCCUGUGGACCCAGUCAUCCCAUGUGGUGUCUCGAUCACCACAGCAGCUUUCCCACCGCCUCCCUGGCCCUGCUUGGCUUUGGGCCCCGGUAGGUCAUUCUCUGCAGAGCUGAGCAAUACUGCACAGGAGGGCUGUCCAGCCUUUUGGCUUGCCUGGGCCACAGGAUGAGGAGGAACUAUCUUGGGCCGUUCCCAAAAUACAGACUAUGGAUUUUUCGGGUUUUUUUUUUCUUUGUCUUUUUGAGACAGAGUUUCCCUGUGCAGUUCAGGCUGACCUUGAGCUCUGUAGCCCAGACUGGCCUCAGACUCACAGCAGUCCCCCUGCCUCAGCUUCCCAAGUGCUAAGAUUACAGCCGUGUGCCCCACAUACUAUGGUUAAUGUAUAUAAAUAAUAAGACUUUUAAAAGAAUAUUUGUACUUAUUGAAAUAUUUUUAAUAUUUGUACUUAUUAAAUAAUUGUACUUUUUACAUUUAAAAUAUAUUUUGUACUUAUUUUUUAAGUAUCUGUACUUACUAAAUCAUUUUAAUCAAUAUUUGUACUUAUUAAGUAUAUUUUUAAAGAUUUGCACUUAUUAAAUAAUUUUAAAUAUUAAAUAUUUUUAAAAAUGUUUGUAUUUAAAUAUUUUAAGUAUUUUAAAAUAUUUGUACUUAUUAAGGAAUUUUAUAAAGCAACAUAAGCCCAGGCUUCAUAAAUCAGAAUGAUUAAAUGUCUGCUUAGUAUUCAGAGAUGUACAUUGUCCAGGGCACACACACCCCUGCAGGGAGACUAGAAUGCUGUUGUUAGUGACUGUGCUUUACUCUCCAAAUAUCAUGUGUGUGUCAUGUCUGGAGUGUAGGACAGAUACGUCCGAUACCUAGCACCGCAGAGCACCUUCCCAUACACAGUGUUCUGCUGUUACCCACUCCAACCUCUGUCACCCAUGCCAUCUGCAGGGUCUGUCAUAGUGCAGUUGACUCCAGGAGACUCUUGCUAAGUAUCACAUCAUUAAGUUAAACGUUUUGACCCCUGGGACUGCAUUGCUGGCUGUCCAGGGCUGCGUGUCAUUUCUUAGAAUAUGUCAGAGUGGGUCACUUCCUUUGCACCCUGGUUUUCAGUGACUCCUUCUGGCACCAGAGCAAAACCCUGGUCCUGAUCCAGGGCUCCAGGGGUCUCCAGGUUCCAGCCUUGGCUGACCUUCUUGGCCUCAGCGCUCCCAGAGAUCAAGGCAGAGACAUCAUCUUCCUAUCCUGCAGUUUUUCUGGCUUUUUCUUCUUCCUUGUGAUUCUUUGCACUGUCCUCAGAGUCUUGGUGCAUGUUGUGUUUUGCCUCGAAUGAUGUUUUCUCUCUUUUUUCAUUUUUAAUUAUGAUUUUCCUCAAGCAGCCAUUACAUGUCUUAAUCAAUCCUCAUGACAGCUAUUGAGCCUAGCAUUCUGUUAUUGUACCUCUGCUCAGUCCCUGUGCUACCCUCUCAGCCCCCGUGCUACCCUCUCAGCCCCCGGGGUUCCAUUUGUAGUCCCUUGGAGGUGCAAAGCCUGUCCCAUUCCCCAGGCCUUGGCCUGCGAUGCUCUUGGCUCUUGAAAAGCAUCUCUGAACUCCAGGAACCCACCUUACUGUCACUGUCCAGCCUACAGCCCAAACACUAUCUUCCUCCACUGCCCUCCACCCCUGUGACUGCUUGAGACCCUUCCCCUUCAGCUUGUGCUUGGAACUCAUCUGGGUGCACUGCUGUUCAAAACUAUUUUUAUGGGGUCUGUCAUCUCUCCCAAAGUGAUGCUGCUGAGCACAGGUUCAUUCCUGUUCCCCGCUAUGAACUUCAAGUCACUGAGCAUGGAUUUACUGAGCAUGUACUAUGUGCCAGGUGUUUUUUGGAGCACUCUAGAACCAGUAAGGAAAAAUUAGAAGAAUGAAAAACAAUCUGGCCUCUCACUAAAUUUAGAUUCCAGUUGAAGACUUUCUCUACUCACGAUACUCCUGACACCAAAGUGCACAAUUUAGUGCUGUUUUUGUAGUAGUGUUUGUUGGUAUUAUUAUUGUUGUUUUGGCCUUACCAACUAAUUCUCCAACUCUCUGGACACUAGUUGAGUGCUUAUAAUUUCAUUCUGAUACCAAUCAUCAAUGCUCGUGUCCAGCUGUAAGGGUUUAGGGGCUCAUAUUCACAAGAUUGUUGUCCCAUUAGAUACUAAUCACAAAUAGUGGGUCCCAGGUUACCCUCACUAAUGUCCAGCUUGGCUACGAAAGUAGGGGUCCUGGAAGCCCACCCCCACUUCCAGUUCAGUAAUUUGCAAGAAUGAUUACAGGACUCCAUGAGACAUUUGGCAGUUUAUUAUAAAGGAGAUUGUAUAGGUGUUGCAGUCAGGGGUUCUGCAGGAGAACAAUUAGAAUCAGGAUAUGGAGUUUAUAAUAUUUUUGAUGAUCGCCCAGAGUUAACACAAGAAAGUGCAAGAAAUCUGUCCACAACACCAAAGACACAGAAUGUUCAGCCAAGGGCCUGAAUCCCACAGCAAUGUCUUACGUGAGUCCUGAUGAAAACCCAGAGCUCAUGACAAUGCCUUCCACAAGUCCAGCUGGAGGUCCAGAGCCCACAAGAAGGACUCACAUAAGUCCAUUUUAUGGAUCUUUGCUGGGAAGGCUGAAAGGUCAGCAGUGAAAUCUAGAAAGUCCAUACCAGCGGAGUGAAGGAGCUGUGCUUGUAGGUUGAGGUUUUACGCUGGAGCCAGAACUCGCACUCAUAAUAAAGACCAGGGCUGUCCUGAAAAGCACCACACCCAUCCUCAGUGACUCGGAGGCCCCGAGUUCCUCCAACAAUAAGCACAGUUGAGUACACGCCAGGAAGCCAAUGUGAUGGGUUCAUCUUGGAGACCAAGCUUCCCCUCCGGAGCCAAGAAGCAAUGCUUGAUGUGAGGACCAGAGCUCCUCCAGGAGAACCAACGGCUCAAACAACUCAUAGGAGAACCCAUGAUGCUUCAACAUAUCAAUGUGCCUCCAUCCCCUUCUCCACGUCUCCAUGUCUAUGCUGGCAACUUUCCUCAUGUGGACAUCUAUGCUCAGAACCAUGCUGAUGUAAUCCAGCUGGUGUUAAGUUGACCACCAGUUUUUAAUCCAUAACAACAGGGAAUGUUCGUAGCCAGAUAAAGAGGUCCACAGGGUGAGGACUGUUGGGGUGCCCCUGUGGAGCGGGGGAGAACCACCAUCCUUGGAUGUGGAUGUGUCACCAACCUGGAAGCUCUCCAAGCCCCACGCUUUGUGGCUUCAUGAUACGAGCAUGGUCAGUGUCUGUCAGUCUCCAGUCCCCUCUAUUCCCCACAGAUAGUAGUUGGGGCUGAAAGCUCCAAGCACCUAGCUUAAUCUUGCUGGUGUCCAGCCCCCAUGCAGGAGUCCUCUAAGAUUCUGUCGUAUCCCCAUCACCCAGGAAAUUCCAAGGGUUUAAGAGCUCUGUCAGAUCCUCCCAUCAUCCAUGUACAUGGCAAGUUACAGGGUGUUUGGACCUGGGGACAGACAUCUCACAUUUUUCUUACUGCGACCCGGUAAGCCCACCCAUACUCUGGGCUUGCAGUCAGGACUUCUAGUCUUUGAUUUUCUGACUGGGCCUCACCCCUUGCAUUCCUAGAUACACAGCAGAUUCAAAGUGCUCCCAACAACUUGAGUGUUUGAUUCCUAACACAACAACGUUCAGAGUGGGGCCCAGAUGGAAUUAGAGGGUCCUAACCUGGUGGUCAGUGGACCAAUCUGUUAAUGAGCUUACAGCUGGGUAGGCUGUAGGAAGCUGGAGUCCCUGGAGACACACCUUUGAAGGGUGUAUCUUCUCUCUCUCCUGCUCUCUGCUUCCUGGGUGCCAUGAGAUGGGCCACUUCCCACUACCAUGCUCUUUCUGCCUUGGAGUCAGCUAACCAUGAAGCAAUAAUAAAACUUUUUUCCCUUUAA